AUGCAUAGCAAUUGUUAUGUUGUGGUCGCUGCCGCCGUGUUGCUCCUCCUCGUCGCUGUCCUCCCCAUCUACGGCGCAUAUCCCGAUGAUGAGGUCGUCGACGUGGAGGUGUUGGAGGAGGGCAGCAGCUGCCACUUCCCGAUGACCCCGCCGGUGGUGCCGGAGUCCCCGGAGGAGCGGCGAGAACACUACCGCGCCAUGGAGGCCAAGGACAUGGCCAGGAAUAGGCAGAUGGCCAAGGGCACUAGGAGGAGACAACUGGCCUCAUCGACGUCGAAUUCGGAAGAGGAACUCAACCUCAACCCGGCGCCAAAGCUGAUGUCGACAUCGGCAACUGACAUGACAGAGCUGAUGUCGAGCACGUCCAUGUUCGAGAUGCCGAUGCAGAGCGCCUUGACCAUCCGGGACGUCGGAAUGUACCUCGUCACGGUGCUCUUUGGCACGCCCGCGUUGCCGUACAACAUGGCGCUUGACACUGCCAACGACUUGACCUGGCUCAACUGCCGGCUCCAUGGCCACCGACGCCACAGGGGCCGUCGGAGACCCCCCAAGCCGACCGUGCAAAAGGCCACCACCAAGACCAUGUCCUUGGAGACUUCAGACCCCGUUAACAUCACGCCGGAGAAGGUGAAGUACGUGAAGCACUGGUACCGCCCGGCGCGGUCCAAGUCAUGGCGGCGCUACCGGUGCUCGCAGGCGGACAGCUGUGGCUUGUUUCCGCACAACACAUGUUUGACACCCAACCGCAACGAGUCGUGCACCUACGACACGGUAACAGAGGACGGAACAAUCGCCCGAGGCAUCUACGGCAGCGAGACAGCCACCGUGGCGGUGUCCAGCGGCCGGAUGGCUAGACUACCGGGACUGGUGCUGGGCUGCUCCACAUACGAGGCCGGCGGGGCCGUAGCCAUGCAUGAUGGCGUACUCACCCUGGGAAACCAGGACGUGUCCUUCGGUACCGUCGCCGGUGGUCACUUCAAGGGCCGCUUCUCCUUCUGCCUCCUCCCAACGCUCAGCUCCGGCAACUCUUCCAGCUACCUCACCUUCGGCCCCAACCCGGCCAUGUCCACGGGUGCCUGCGAGACCAGGCUCAUCUACAACCCACUCAUCCCGGCCUUCGGCAUACAUGUCACCGCCUUAUUAAUCAAUGGGAAGCGCCUCGACAUCCCUCCUGAGGUUUGGAUCCAUGACGGCAAGGGCGGCGGCCUCAACAUCGACACCGGCACAUCCCUCACGGCGCUCGUUGAGCCGGCGUAUGGAGCGGUCACAAGGGCGAUCACCAGGCACCUAGACCAUCUGAAGAAGGAGAAAAUCGAUGGUUUUGAGCACUGCUACCGAUGGACCUUCACCGGCGAUGGCGUGGAUCCGGCCAACAACGUGACGAUACCCAAAUUCGUGAUUGAGUACGAGGGCGGUGGGAGGCUGGAUCCAGGGGCAAAGGGGGUGGUGGUGCCGGAGGUGGUGCCAGGGGUGGUCUGCGUAGCGUUCCGGCGGAGUCCGUUGGGGCCAUCACUCAUGGGCAACGUGCAGAUGCAAGAGCACAUCUGGGAGAUUGAUCACUAUAAAGAGGUGCUCCGGUUCAAGAAGGACAAGUGCCUCAACCAUAACCUUCCUCCUCUUCCUAGUACUAAUCCUUCUUCUCCAACCGCUAAAAAUUAA